CUCGGGAUUUUUCCACUGGUCACGAUGUGCGUUUCUGUACUACGUGUAAAAUCUACCGUCUCGAAGGGUGGAGUCAUUGUUCUGAGUGCGGGUACUGUAUCCGUGGUUUCGACCACCACUGUGCGGUGGUGAACAAUUGCAUUGGGCUACGGAACCGGAGGGCCUUCGUACGUGAUACCGCUCCU